AUGCGCUUAUUGCUACGGUUGGUGCUCACCUCCCCAUGCUGGAAUUUAAGCUUCACCAGAAACCGGGGGAAGAUCACAUCACUGCUGGCCUCCCACAUCUGGGUGAUGGAGGCAUUGGGGGAUGUGGAUGGGAGGCAAGAGGAAGGGCCUGCCCGGCGCCUGGGAGAAGAACCUCGGCUCCAGGCCCCUCCCAAGCAGAGCGCCAGCCGGGAGAACAGCGCCUACAGUAUCCUGGAGAUAACAGCGGUAGAGGUGGGCAUCGUGGCCAUCAAGGGGCUCUUCUCUGGACGGUACCUGGCCAUGAACAAGAGGGGCCGGCUCUACGCUUCGGAGCACUACAACGCAGAGUGUGAGUUCGUGGAGAGGAUUCAUGAGCUGGGCUAUAACACAUAUGCCUCCCGGCUGUACCGGACGGCGCCCAGCGGGCCAGGAGCCCGGCGCCAACCCGGCUCAGAGAGACUGUGGUACGUAUCUGUGAAUGGCAAGGGCCGGCCCCGCAGGGGCUUCAAGACGCGACGCACACAGAAGUCCUCCCUGUUCCUGCCCCGCGUGCUGGAUCAGAAGGACCACGAGAUGGUGAGGCUGCUCCAGGGUGGCCUACCCAGACCCCCCGGCAAGGGUGCCCAGCCACGGCGGCGGCGGCAGAGGAAGCAGAGCCGGGAAGGCCACCGGAGAGUAGAACCCUCGACUAAACCAGCCUCACAGCUGCGAUCCACACUCACAACAGGUGUGGACUAGCCAGAGGCUGAGUGACUACCUUCAAAACUCAGAGCCACUCCCCAGGGCAGAUUUCAUAACGGGCCCUC